AUGGGCCAAGAAGCAUCACUUCCGCAAGCCGAUGGCGAUGGCUUGGAAGAUCAGGCGAGAGCUCCGCCAUCCUCCGUGAAUCCACCAAUGCACGGACAAGCCAAUGCCCGACCCGGAACGAAAAUGAUUGGGACCAUGCUGCAUCGAGCGGCUGCAGGAAGAGCCCAUAAUAACAAAGACUUUGAAGGGAAAGAGGCAGCAAGAGCAGCAGCAGCAGCUGGGCAGAUGCCAUACAUGGCACCUACCACUCACUACGGAAAUGGCGGAGCUGCCGCAGGACAUGCGCAAUCACAACCAUAUCCCAAUAAUUUACAGCACAUGACACCGGAAGAACAGCAAUACUACCUUCAUCAGCAACAGCAGCAGCAACAACAGCAACAGAGCAUGAAUGGAAUUCAUCAUCACCAUCAGCAACAGCCGCAAAUUCACCACAAUCAAUACCCAGACCAACAUCAACAUAAUUCUGGUGUGCAUGGCGCGCCACAACAUUUGCAUGCCCAACAAGGUUCGACUGCCAAUGUCAACCUGGCCGUAGGAUCACCUGGAUUUUAUGGAACCGCCAAAGGAGGGAGAGGAAAGAAACUGAUUAACUCCAUGAGGAAUCUCAGCAUUUCAAGCACAAUUCGUUCAGGAGUCCAAGCGACAGCCAAUGCAGCUGUUGCCACAGCCAGUGCUACCGCUAGCGCUGUGUCGGCCACGGCCGCAGCGGUUAAUGCGAAUGUGGUCAAGGCGUCCAGCAGCAAGGGAGGUGCCAGUGAAUGGGAAACUAGAUGGGACGAAGAUGACGACGACUCGGAUGGUGAAGAUGAAAACGACACAAACCCCAAUGCUACCGUCUCACCCAUACACCAUCAUCAAACGCAACAACAAUCGCCUGUCAGACCAGGAAUUGACGAUGGACAUUCCAGUCUGUCGCCGGGUGCUGCAGGUCUAUCGACACUACCACAAACUCCGCAAACACAAAAAAGACCAAACGUUGUCACCCCCGUGAAAAACGACCCUGCAAUAAUACCCGAUGAUGGGCUAGAGUGGGACACUGGAACACAGCAAGAUGUUGUAACAAAACCAAACGUACAAAUGUUCCUUCCGUUGCUGAGAGUUCUUGGAAAGGGUUCCUUUGGAAAAGUUGUCUUGGUGCAAAAGCGGGUUGGAAAAGAACACGGAUCUCUGUUUGCCAUGAAAAUCUUGCGAAAAACACACCUCGUGAAAAGGCGGCAAAUCGAAAGGACGCGGACAGAACGAAAAGUCUUAUCUGCUGUGAAUCAUCCCUUCAUCAUGAAGCUGCACUAUGCAUUUCAGACCCCAGAAAAAUUGUACCUUGUACUGGACUACUGUCCUGGCGGUCACGUCAAGCUAGGGGACUUUGGUCUCGCCAAGGCUGGUCUGAAGCAUCCAUGCGAGGGAGCAACGUCCAUGUGCGGAACACCCGAGUAUAUGGCGCCGGAAGUGCUCGGCCAACAAGGGCACGGUUUCUGUGUGGAUUACUGGGGACUUGGAAUGCUGCUGUAUGAAAUGAUGACGGGACUGCCACCAUGGUACACGACAGAUCGAGCCAAGCUUUUCCGAAGGCUCAAGAGCGCACCGCUCGACAUACCCAACAAAUUCAGCAGUCAAGCAGCCAGUUGCGUCAGCGCCCUGUUAGAACGUAACCCUCGACGACGGUUGGGCGUUGCGGGUGUCCGUACUGCAAUGGAGCAUGAAUUUUUCCGAACGAUCAACUGGAGAGCUCUAUAUGGAAGGCGAGUCGAAGCACCAAUCCGGCCGUGUGAAGGCUGGAAGCCACCAGAUGGAAAUGAUGCCUCAGUGGAUGGCAUGAUCCACACAAAUGUGUCGGCAUCUGCAACAAGCUCGAAUGAAAUCGACCAAUUCUCAAUUGACGCCGCAACGGCCAAUUUCGACAAUACAUUCACGAGAAUGCCUGUUCACAGUGAGGAGGCUGGAAAUGCGGACGAUAGCGAGGCUGCUGAACAGCUCGCUCACGACACCUUUGUGGGAUUCACGUUCGACGACAGAGAUCGAGAAGCUCAAGCAUCCGGGCGUCCACGAACCCAGAUGUACCAGCAAACUGCACAAACGCCCCCUCAGCAACCAAGAACAUUAGACUAG